AUGCUAGCAAACGCCAAAUGCUGCAUCCCUGCAACGUCAAGCACAACAACCCCACCCAAAAAUUCAGGCUUGGCAAGAAAAUACACAUCGAUAAGGAAUUUCCGCCCGCCGAUAAACACCAAACACCAUCAUCACCAAACCCUCAGACCUCAACCUUUGCUGCGCCAUUCUGCUCGAUACGCUGCAAAGUUCGGUCUGUUUACAACAAACUCCACAAUGGCCAAACCAACAAUUUCCAAGGGCAAAAAAGGUAAUUCUCCACCCAUCCCAACAGCAGUCGCAGAAUGUACUAAACCCCCCCCUCCAGGCCCAUCAAAACACUCCCGUGCCUCCCGCCGCGAAGAGCCCAUAGACAUCAACACGGACAAAUCCCUCAAAUCCGCCCUCCCACCCCCCAUCUCCACCGACCACCACCGCCCCGCCGUCCUCGCCGCCCAGCUCGCCUCCUCCGUCUCCAAACCCACCCGCAAAACCGGCCGCAAAGCCCAGCUCAGCUCCAAAGCCCGGAAGCGCCAGGAAAGAAGCAUGGACAUGGCCGAGGCCGUCAUGGAGCGCACCAUCACCAAGAUCGAAAAGAGCAAGGGCCACGCCAAGGUGAUCAACACGAGGAGGAAACCAUGGGAAGAAAUCAACAAUGACGUCUUUGGCGAGGGCGAAAAGGCGAAGAAGCUGACCAAGAAGCAGCUGGAGAAGCAGAGGGAGGAUGAGAUUGUGAGGAAAUUCUUUGACGAGGGGGCGGCAGAGAAGGAUGAGGAUGGGAAUGUGGAGAUGGAGGGUGCGGCGAGUGAGGGUGAGGGUGAGGGUGAGGGGGUGCCAACGCCGGUGCAGGUUAUGGAGGAGGUGGAGGAAGUUUUGUAG